GGGAGGAGGUGGAGGAGGAGGAGGAGGGAGAAAGAGAGAGAAGCCAGAGAGAAACUUGUCUUGGGGAUUAAUAGGAGGCAGGAGGAGGGAGAGGUGCACACAGGAAAACUCCCGGACCAUGAGGGCAGCCCUCGCCUUCCUUCUCCCGCUGGCGCUGGCGCUGGCGGCGAGCGCGCAGCGGCGGAAACCCCCCCGCAGGCCCACGCGGCCGCCCGCGCCCUUCGAGGAGCCCGCGGAGCCCACGGAGCUGCCCCCUCCCCUCCCGCCGGGGCCCCCGUCCGUGUUCCCCGACUGCCCCCGGGAGUGCUACUGCCCGCCCGACUUCCCGUCGGCGCUGUACUGCGACAGCCGCAACCUGCGCACGGUGCCGGUGAUCCCGCCCCGCAUCCACUACCUGUACCUGCAGAACAACUUCAUCGCCGACCUGCCCGAGGAGUCCUUCCGCAACGCCACCGGCCUCAAGUGGGUCAACCUGGACAACAACCGCAUCCGCAAGGUGGACAGGAAGGUGCUGGAGAAGCUGGAAAACCUCAUCUUCCUCUACAUGGAGCGGAACCAGCUGAAGGAGGUGCCCGCCUUCCUGCCGCCCAACCUGGAGCAGCUGCGGCUCAGCAGGAACCAGAUCUCCAAGAUCCCCGCCGGCGUCUUCAACAAGCUGGAGAACCUGGUGCUGCUGGACCUGCACCACAACAAGCUGAGCGACGGCGUCUUCAACAAGAACACCUUCAAGGGGCUCAAGAACCUCAUGCAGCUCAACCUGGCCCACAACAUCCUGAGGAAGAUGCCCCCCGGCGUGCCCAGCGCCAUCCACCAGCUCUUCCUGGACAGGAACAACAUCGAGGACAUCCCCAGCGACUAUUUCAAGGAGUUUCCCAACCUGGCCUUCAUCCGGCUCAACUACAACCAGAUCUCGGAUAAGGGGCUGCCCAAAAACUCCUUCAACCUCACCAACCUGCUGGUGCUGCACCUGGCCCACAACAAGCUCACCAACGUGCCCUUCAUCAGCCCCAAGCUGGAGCACCUCUACCUGAACAACAACUCCAUCGAGAAAAUCAACGGCACGCAGAUCUGCCCCACAUCGCUGGUGUCCAUCCAGGAUUUCUCGCCCUCCGACCUGGACAGCGUCCCCCGGCUCCGCUACCUGCGGCUGGACGGGAACCUGCUGAAGCCGCCCAUCCCGCUGGACCUGAUGCUGUGCUUCCGCCUGCUGCAGUCCGUGGUGUUUUAGCCCCGCUCGCCCCUCCCAGGCCCGGCUUUGCUCGGACACUUCACCCCCGGCGGCGUUUGACACGCGGGACCCUCUCUCCUCCCUCUCCCCCUGCUCCCUCCCCGCCUCCGUCCCUCUCCCCGUCCCUCUCCCGUCCCUCUCCCCGUCCCUCUCCCCGUCCCUCUCCCCGUCCCUCUCCCCGUUCCUCUCCCGUCCCUCUCCCGUCCCUCUCCCGUCCCUCUCCCCGUCCCUCCCGUGCGGGGACGCCGGCGGCUCCUCGGGGACAGCGCCGUGUCGCAGCUGCCACCCCGGCCCGCAGCUCCCUGUCCCUGUCCCUGUCCCUGUCCCCCAGGCAGAGCCCGGAGCCGGCUCCGUCUCUCCCUGCGCUCCCGGCCGAGUUCCGGGCCGUUGGAUUCGCUCCGGGGCUCGUGUCCCUGCUCCGGGAGCGAUUCCCGGUGGAUUUUGGAGCGCGGAUGGGCCGGGCUGGCGCCGAGGGCGGGUGGGAUCCGUGGAAGAGGAGGGAGGAUGGAUAAUCUGGGGACACUCCUGUCACCUGGGCCCUCCUGGAGAGCUUUGGCUCCACAUUUCCCUGGAGGAGGAGGAUCUAAAUCCCUCCUGGAGCUGAGGGUUUGCCGGGAUGGAGCAGGGAGGGUUUCCUGCCCCUGGAUCCUGCUCUCCCGUGUGGGUCACACCUGGGAAAAACCCGCCCCUUCCCAGCACCGGUCCCAAAAUCCUGCACCUUCCCCCAUAAAAUCUGGGAUCAGGGGCCACAUCCAUUGGUUCACAUUCCCAUCCCAAAAUCCUGCAUCAUUCCCUAUAAAAUCUUUGGAUGCAGAACCACAUCCAUGGGGCCACAUCCCAAAAUCCCGAAUCCUUCCCUCUGAGCUGGGGGGAUUCAGGGACACAUCCAUGGGGUCACGGCCCCAUCCCCAAAUCCUGCACCCUUCCCUCUGAGAUCUGAGGAUUCAGCUCCAAAUCCACGGCUCAGAUUUUCUCCGGAGCCAAUCACACAUUGUGGGUUUUGCCCUUUUUUUGUUAGAAAUAAAAGGAAGGGGAAAGAAAAGGGAAGAAUUACCCUUUGGAAGAGCUAUUUUUAUCCCUUCUCUCCCCUGUCCUCACAUGUAUCGCUUCCCCCUUCCAUAGCUGUACCUGCAUUUAUAGGGUGUCCGGGUUUAGGGGGGGAUUACUCUCUUCUUUUCUUCCUGAGUCUCAGGAUUUGGAUUUAAAGGCCGAGCAUUAGAGAGGAAGAAAAGAAAAAAAAAAAAAAAGAAAAAAAAUCCAACUGCAGCGAGCAUUAAAUAAACCAAAGAACGCUCCUCUGUGUCCAGCCAGCAGAGCUGACGCUUCCCGGGAUGGCCACGGACCGGCACCGUGUCCUUCUCCCUGCGGAUGGCACAGCGACGCUCCCCUUUCCUCCGUUCAUUAACACCUCCUGCUCAUGACGGAGGAUUUAUUUUCCCUGGUGAUAAAAUCCCCUUUCCAGCUCUCCCUGCAGCUGGGUGGGGCAGGUCUCAGCCCUAGGCCCGGACGGAGCCCCCCGGAUUUAUGUAUAUUUAUAUCUGAUGUGUAUAUAGACUGGUAGAAUGUACAGAUACCCCAGAGCCACCCGCGCCUCCCGACCCGGCGGCUUGGCGGGAUUUUUCACUCCCACUCCCCGCAGCAGUGGAAAUAAAAUCAUUCACAAGGGAC